AUGCACGCGCUGGGGACGUGGCCGCAGCUGGGCCUGCGGGGGCGCGCGGCCCCUCGGCGACGCCUCUGGAUCGGUCUCAAUAAACCUCUCGAUCGUUUUAGGAAGCGCCUGUGCCCUUUGCCCUCAUUUAAGACCGUCCCCCAGGGGGGCUGCGCCUCCCGUAGCCGCGCGGCCCGUCGGCCCCAGCGGGGGCUCGGCCGUCGCCGGGGGCGCGGGGCGGGGGCGGUGGUGACGCGCGGCCGGCGCGGGGCCGGGAGGAUGCGGCGGGCGGCGGCGGACGCGGCGGGCGGCGGCGGAGCGCGGGCGGCGGGGUCGGCGGGGGGCGCCCCUCGCCGCGACCCCGCUGCGGGCCGGCGAGGCAGGCGGGCGGCGAGCUCGGCGGGCCCGCAGCCCCUCCCCGCGCAGCCCUCGGGCCGCCCCCGCGGCGGGAACCGUGGCGGGGACCCGCAGGCCGUGAGCCUGGCGCUCGACUUGACCCCAGACGUCUUCACCAUGAGGGUGCUGCUGGAGGAGACCGGGGAGGUGUUCCGAGUGACCAACUGCCGCAGCGACAUGACCGUGCGGGAGCUCAAAGAGGAGCUGGACCUGAUGGUCGGCAUCCCUUUCAACCUCCAGCGGCUCCAGUACCUGGACCAAGGAGUUUUGAUGGAUGACGCGACGCUGAAGUUCCAUGAUGUGGUUCCUGGUGGAAUUAUUUCAUUAUGUGUCUGGCAUUAUGAUGGAUGGACCGAGCUGGUCAUGGCGGCUGUGGAAGGGGAUCCCAGUAAGCUCUCUUGCCUUGGCCUUGCUGAAGAUUCUUUCUACCAAACUGCAAAUUCACGGCGUUUCAACGACAAGCAGUGGAAGAAAUGGACAUCUCAGAGGGCGUUCGUGGCCUUGUAUAUUACCUCACACAGAGGUCACUUGGAUGCUGUGCAGUACCUUCUAGAACACGGAGCCAACUGUCUCAGCAAAUCCCCCGUAGGCAGGACACCCCUACACGUGGCUGCAGCCAUGGGCCGGUCUGACUGUAUUGACGUCCUGCUCAACUAUGGGGCCCACAUCAACGACAAAGAUGCCAAGGGGGAGACCCCCAUGACCAUCGCCCGCCGCCUGAACCGUGUGCACAGCGAGCGACGGAUGUUCCUCUGCUACUGGAAGACAAAGUCAGGGACCACGGACACGAUGGACAUGAUCAUGAACAAGGUUUUCCCGAGAGUCAAGGCUGGAUUUGGCUCCAAGAAGAACAAAACUUAGCUACCUCGGGAAAGUUUGCACGUCAAAGCAGACGUGGGUAACUUUACAGAGUGCCAGUCCACGGUGGCCCUCGGUGAGCGGGAAGGCAGGAAAACAUGGCAAUUAAUCUGAGUCCAAUACUGAAUUAUCUGUCCUGUUUGCAAAUGAUUUGGUGAAGGUGUUGAUGGAA